AUGCCACUCUUCUUCCGUAAGAAGAAACCCAGCGAUGAUGCUCGGAAGCGCCUUGAAUACCAAAUGUGCCUGGCAAAAGAAGCUGGUGCUGAUGACAUUCUUGACAUAUCCAAAUGUGAACUCUCGGAGGUUCCUUAUGGGGCCUUUGCAACUUGUAAAGUCUUGCAAAAAAAGGUGCUGAUUAUUCAUACGAAUAAUCUGACAUCUUUAGUUCCAAAGUCCUGCAGCCUCCUGAGUCUCAUAACUGUGAAGGUUCUAGACCUGCACAACAACCAACUUGUAUAAAGAAUAUCUUGAAUAUCUUUUCUGUUAAUACCUUAGGUUCUAAACCUUGAAAAGAAUCUUUUAAAAUGUCUUCCACAAUCUAUAGGAGACCUUGCCCAGCUCCAGAUGCUCAAUGUGAAAGGUAACAAGCUGAAGGAGCUGCCUGCUACCGUGAGCGGCUUGCGGAGUUUGCGCACUCUGGAUAUCAGCGAGAACGUGCUGCAAGAGCUGCCACGGGUGCUGGCUCACCUCCGCACGCUGGAGACGCUGACCUUGGAUGCUUCUUCCAUGACCUACCCAUCACCUGAUAUUUGCAGUGCAGGCACAGAGUCCAUUCAGCAGUUCCUCUGCAAAGAGUGUGGAAUUGCGUACUACCCUCCCUCGCAGUAUCUGCUCCCCACGCUGGAGAGUGAUGGAGGAGGAACUUCGGUGGAUGGGGUGGACAGGGCAGUGCAUAAGUACUUGGAGGAGGAGAGCGAGUGGCAGAACAAAUUCUUGGAUUAUGAGAAGAGGAAGGAACAAAAAAUGCAGGAGAAGCUAGAAUUUGAGCGGCGCCUGAACAUGGGGCAAAGAGAACAUGCUCUGCUUGUUCAGCAGAUCAGCAGUCAGAAGGAUGAGAUACUGCAGACAGUGAGAGAGGACCAGAUGAGGCUGGAGGAGGGUCUCACAAAGCACCAGCGCUAUUUGGAGGAGGAGCGCCUGAAGCUGCUGCAGCAGUUGAAGCAAGCGGAGCAAGGCAUUGCCAGCCGUAUCCAGAAGCUGCUAGAGGACAACCAGAGGCAAAACCAAAGUUCAGACAUUCUGAAAUCCUUGGAGAAUGAGAGAAUAAGGAUGGAGCAGCUGAUGGCAAUAACACAGGAGGAGACGGAGCAUCUACGCAGAAGGGAAGUGGCCUCUGCCAUGCAACAGAUGCUGGCCGAGAGCUACAAGAACAAGCUCAUCCAAAUGACCUACGAGUCUCGUCGGCAAGACCUUGUCAACCAGGCCUGCUCCAGCCUAGCUGAGACGGAUCAGAAGUUCCAGCAAAUCCUGGCUUGGCAACAGCUGGAUCAGAACAAAGCUGUCGGUCAGAUCUUGCAGCAGAUUGAGAUGCAGAAAGCUGCCUUUGAAGCUCUCCAGGUGAAGAAGGAUCUUAUGCACAGGCAGAUCAGGAACCAGAUUAAAUUAAUAGAAACAGAGUUAUUGCAGUUGACACAGCUGGAGUUAAAGAGGCAAGAACUGGACACAGAGACGCUGCAGGGGGUGAUCACAGAGCAACGCCAAGCACUCGGCUACCUGCUGCAGCAGCUUCUCAAAGAAAAGAAGCAAAGGGAAGAAGAACUGCGACAAAUACUGCUGGAAAUGGAGGCAAAGAGUGAAACCAAACAGGAGAACUACUGGCUGAUCCAGUACCAGCGCCGGCGCAACCAGAAGCCCCUCUCCCUGAAACUCCAGGAGGAGGGCUUGGAGUGGCAGCUGGUGAACCUUUUAACCGAGCUGUCUGCAGGACAGUACGUGCCAGUCUUUGCACACCAUCGAAUAUCCUUGCAAAUGCUCAGCACCAUGACUGCCAGUGACCUGGAAAAGAUCGGCGUGACGGAGGCUGGUCUGCAGCGUGCCAUCCUCAAGCGAGCUCAGGAGAUCCUGGCUGUGGCCAAGACAAUCCCAGAGCUGCUGAGGACGGUGGACGCUGAGGUCCCUGCAGCCCCAGAACCCAGCGCUCCCUUCGAGGAGCUUCCGAGCCCCGUGGUCCCGAUGGCUCCACCACUGCAGUGGGACGAGAAGAAGUCGGAGUGCGUUGUCUGCAUGGAGAAGGAGACCCAGAUGGUUUUCCUGCCCUGCGGCCAUGUCUGCUGCUGCCAGACCUGCUGCGAGCAGCUGCACGCUUGCCCCCUGUGCCGCAAGGAUAUCACACAGCGCAUCCGCAUCUUCCACAGCGGCUAG